UAAUUUGAAUAAAAUAAAUUUAUUUUUUUUUACCAAAAUGGGUAAAAAACAUUCAAGAUCACGAUCAAGAUCUCAAUCACGAGACAGAAAACGUAGAAGGGACGAAAAAUUUGAAAAGUUACAGGCACAAAUGGAUAACCUCACAACAACCGUAAACACAUUGGCCCAAAGCAUAAUAUGUUUGAAAACGAAUGCUGUAACUGUUGAAAAUACAGUCACAAAUAAUUCAGAAGUUGACUUAAGUAAUGAUACUGAGAAAAGCACAGAUACUGUGGUGGAAAUAAAAACAUCCCCACAGGUAACUGAGACGACUCCAGAGAGUCAAGCUGAGCAAGUAUCAGCCAAGGACAGUGCUAGCAAAAUCCUCGGAAUGGACCAAACUUGUACUUACAAAGAAGCUAAGUACAUGUCAGAAUUAAACAACACGUGGUCCAGAUGGAUGAUUGAAGGUCUUCCCGAGAAAAAUAAAAAAGACAUACAGGAGAUUUCUACACAGAAGCCCCUAAGCUAA